UCGAAAGUAUAACGCUAGUAUUCAAAGGAGUGGUCCUCUAAAUAUAAAUUAUCCCUAUUAUCCUUAUUAGAUAAUUCGAAACUAAACAUAUAGAUACAGCCUACAUCACUUUUCUUCCUAAAACGAAAGAACAGUAAAUUACGCUACAACCGUUCUGUCAUCGAUGAUGGAUCUACCGGAUCCUAUGGAUGUGGGACAUAAUUUACGCUCGUUAUAAAAUCGUGCCAUUGAAACAAAGUGUCGUGAAUAUCACCCGAGAAAGAAAGAAAUCGAUCGGACGGUAUCGGUGAGUGUGAUUCAAACCGAACGUAUCACGUUCGUUCACGCGGGGACUCGACAUACGUCUUUGAAACAUCAAGAACAUAUGCGACCCUAAUGUGUGAGCGACGUAUGUAUGUUGAAACAUUGGAGAGUGUUUGGACAAGUUAAAAGAGGCUCUCGAAACUGUGUCAUAAAAUCGUCCAUAUAAUCUGGAUGGCAGCCCAAUACGUCUCACGUCCGCACGUACCUCGCAAAUAAACCGUGAGAUUUUUAAGAUUUUUAUUGGAUUCCACGCUGACGAACGUAAUACAAAGGUCAUCAUGUAUGACGCAAGCUGUUAUGCAUUCAACGACGCGCGGCACAUCUUCCGAUUUUCAUUUCACCGACACUGUAUGUGAGCAUUUCCAAAAGGACGCGCGAGAAAAUGGUGAACGUGAGCGUGGCCGACGUGCUCUUGCAUAACAUUCAGCUGUAUUAUUCGCCAAUCCUCGUCCACCUGGGCCUCUUGGGCAACUGCCUGUCCGUAUGCGUGUUCUUCGGCACGAAGCUGCGACGCGCAUCCUCCAGCAUUUAUCUGGGCGCGUUGGCGGUCAGCGACAGCGGCUUCCUCGUCACGAUCUUCGUUGUCUGGCUCAAUAUGUUCCAUGUGCACCUGUUCAAUGAGCAGGGCUUUUGCCAGUUCUUCGUUUACCUCAGUACUCUCUGCAGCUUUCUCAGCGUGUGGCUCGUGGUGGCCUUCACCGUCGAACGCUAUGUGGCGGUCAAGUAUCCACUUCGCCGCCAGUCCCUGUGCACGGUCGCCCGAGCGAAGGUCGUGAUCAUCUGGUUGACGAUCUUGGCGGUUUUACUGAGCAGUCCGGUCCUCUUGUUCUCCGGGCCCCGUACAGUACUCACCAGAUAUGGAAACGCCACUCUCUGUUACUUGGUCAACGGUUGGGAGUCCUGGGCGACCGUCUACAACGGCAUCGAUACCGUCCUGACGUUCGCCGUGCCCUUGACUAUAAUAGUGAUCUUCAACACGCUGAUAGCUCGCAACCUCUACAAGCUCGACCAUAUACGGAGAACCUUGACCAUAGAAUCCGACGUUUCCAACGAGAAGGACGCGCGUGCCAUACGAGACAGAAUGCCGCAGACCAAGGUCACGAAAAUGCUCCUCCUCGUCUCGAGCGCUUUUCUCUGCCUCAAUAUGCCUUCGUUCGUGCUGAGGGUGAUCGCUUUCUACUCUAAGUAUGAAUCGCCGCCACCGUGGAUAAUCAGCGCGCAGCAGAUGUGCAAUGUAUUAUUCAACACCAGCUUCGGGAUUAACUUUAUUUUCUACUGCGCGAGUGGGCAAAAUUUCCGGAAGGAGAUGAUCCGCAUGUUUACGCACCGUCCGCGUACUGGGCGAAGCAGAACCCUCAUACAAAUGGCAAAUCAAGGAAAACAAUACGUUUCCGAUUUCACGCGCCGAUGGAGUUCGACAAAACAGUCGAGUGUUGACGAUACGCAAAAGACAGAUUCUCAAGAGACGCAAAAGCUUCCAAUAAGUGGAGAACCGUGAUACAAAGGAACAUUAAAUUCAUUAUAAACAGCUGGCUAACGCGAGAAAAAAAUGGAUGAUGAAAAAACGACGUAUAACGUAAUACAAUGUACAAUGACAUACAAUACGAUGGUAUAAGAGGACAAUUAAAAGCUCACCAGCCUCAGGUUCCGUAGCUGGAAGUGGACCUACGUUGCCGAAGAAUCGUUGAUCCAGCAGCUGAAGAAGCUGAAGAGCAGCGUCGUGAACCGGAGCGCGUGGACAUCCAGUGUUCAUCAACGUCACGUUGAUAACGCUCGUAUAGUGGUCACAAGGGUACUCUCUAAAAAGAGAAUUAUACAUCUUAUAGUUAAGAUUAUUCUAUACAAGUUCCAUGUUACUGUAUUACAAUUAGCCCAGCCGACUCAAUAAAUGGAGAAACGCGUCUCGUACUCUCUAUAUUUGCUGUAUAUACAUAGGAGUACCGCGCAUUUUCUGAUUUAUAAUAAACACUUUUAUAUGUUGCAUACACGUACAUACAUACGCAUCAAUUCGCAACUGGAAUUUUUGCGUUUAUACAAACCUAGCGCUGAAGAUUGUUGCCAAAGCGAGGAAGCAGCCAUCGGCCACUUGCGGUGCGCCGGUGUAACAGCGGUCCACCACCCAAUCUAAAAGCGUGCCAAUGUCAGGAUUUCCUUCGAGCAAUAAUACGACUGUUUCGCGUGCGAGCGUGUAAAU